AUGCUGCUGUCACUGCUGCUGCUCUGGACUGCUGAAGGCCGGGCACUGCCUGGUGGAAGAAGCAUUGCCUGGGAUCGGUGCCAAGAGCUGUCUCAGAAUGUUACUGCCCUGGCCUGGGGCAUUCAGCCACAGAUGGGAAAUCUGGAGCUGCCAAGAGAGGAAGGUGCUGGAGAUGCUAUUGAUGGCGUGCCCCACAUCCAGUGUGGUGAUGGCUGCGAUCAUCAGAGUCUCAGUGCCAAUAGCCAGCUUUGCUUGCAAAAGAUCCAUGGGGGUUUAAUCUUCUACAGUAACUUGCUGAACUCCAAUAUUUUCACUGGGGAACCUUCUCUACUCAAGGAUGGUUCUUUGGGUCAACUCCAGUCGUCCCUGAUGGGUCUCAGCCAACUCCUACAGCCCAAAGACCACCUCUGGAAGAAACACCAGGUUCUGAGCUCCAGUGAGCCAUGGCAACGCCUCCUCCUACGCCCCAAGAUCCUACGAAGACUCCGAGCCUUUGCUGCCAUUGUUGCCCGAGUUUUCAGUUAUGGGGCAGCCACUCUGAGCUCCUAG